AACCUUGUCCGUCUGAGUACACAACUGAGCGAUUCCAGUGAUCCGCACACUACUACUGCGUCCUGAUCGCCUGCUGUUGGCAUCCAAUUGAAGAUGUCUGGCACGAUGUCGGCGGAUGAGUACACGUCUAUCAUCUAUUCCCAGUAUAGAGACACCUUAUGCAAUCUUGCCAGCACAUGUAAGUCUGACCGAGUUUGGCUAGCCGUUCGAAGGAUUGACAGCGAUUGAUCUGGACACGUCCCUGUCAAGCUAUGCUACUGUACGACUACAUCCUGACGAUUGAUCAAGAAGCGGAUCUUAUUUGGAAGAAGCCAAACGGUGCCUCCAUUAUCUUCGGUUUGAACCGCAUCGUAACUCUAGGGCUCAUAUGCGAGUCUGCUACGGGGCAGCUUCACCACUAUACGUACGAGAGCUGCAAAGGCUUGACGAUACUCUCUGAGGUAAUCAUUCUGCUCUCAUACGCUAUUUGGGCGGUUGUCUCCGCUCUCAGAGUAUACGCUCUCACGAAGAGAAACUGGUGGCUGUCGACGGUGACUUUCGUGUUAGGGAUAGCCCCGUUGGCAGUUGACCUGUACGUCGGCACCACAAUAUCCUACCGCAUCAUCCCUCUGGGGAAUGAAACCUUAUGUCAAGAGGACACCAAUGUCAACCGAGGAUUUUAUCGGAAAUCACUCAUCAUCUGCCGCGGAUGCAGUAUAGUCUCAGACCUCUUAGUCCUGGGCGUGACUAUGUAUCACAUACUACCCCGUUCGCUCGUGUUUUCGCGAAUGAUGUGGUCCAGAAAGUCAUUCACACGGAUAUUACUCAGAGACGGGAUUUUAUACUUUGCGACGCUGACUACCCUCAAUGCGCUAGAAAUCGCUCUGUACCUGACCGCGACCGACGACUUCAUCAACUACUUCAUCGCGCCCGUAUCGACCGUCUUUGUCUCUCGCUUCAUGUUGAACCUCCGCGCAUGCGCUAGCACGCCUGUCAUGGUUCUAGACUCGCAGGCUCACACCCUGAGCUCGACCGAGCACUCAACGUCGCAGACAUUGACGCUCGCAUUUACCCCGGUCGCAUCAUGUGCGUGUCCCGGAUCCCGCCAGCCACUGGGCUUGGAAGCAAUACUGACGACGUCAUGCUGGCAGACCCCGACACAGUGAUACCUUUCGAAGGGGACACGGCUGAACAAGCCAGACGCAUGUCGAGCGCGGGUGACAGCGUGCUUUGGGACGACAAUUCGCUAACAGAGAGCUUCGAAAUGGAGCCUCGGUAAGGUAAAGAUCGAAACCUUUGUGUCCGUGUAUGUAUGUGCGACUAUCUGGCUAGCAUACUUAGUCCGAGCGGACUGCUGUACCUACCCCAUUACCAAUGACUGGAACAGCGCCGACGGUCGAGGUGAGCAACUUGAACCCGGUAGUUCUGCCAGGUUCUCCAAGAUCGUCCGCGUAGAAGACAUGGUGCAUGAUCAACUCAUUGCAUCCGGUGCUCUCCGAAUCGCCACCGGUGCGCCAGAUGCGCCAUGAUGCGCCGUGAACGAUAGUCCCCAAUCAGCUCUGCGCGCUGCACUGCUAUAGGCCAGGGACCGCCUUGGCACCAUUGAUGCUGUACGGCC